GGAAACACGCGGCAGUGACUGAGUGUGUAGUUAGUUUCACUUUUCCCGCAGUGGCUUGUAAAGUGUGACGGUUGGUUUGACGGGUGGAGAUUUGAGAGAAAGCGCCCGCCGAACACUCGUUCAGAUGGCAGAGCGGGGCAGGACCGUCAGGGUGAGUGGUCUGCCCACAGACAUUGAAGAUGACAGACUGAGAGACAAGCUUCAAAUCCACUUCCUGAGAGCCAAGAACGGAGGAGGGGAGGUGGACUCUGUCGCCAUUGUCAAGACAAUCUCUGUGUCUGCCCUCAUCGCCUUUGAGGAACGUGAAGUGGCACAGAGAGUUGUUCAACACAGCCGGCACAUCCUGGAAGUGGACGGGAAGAAACAUACGCUCACUGUGACAGAGCAGCAUGAAAGCCCAGGGCCAGACAAGGUCGUCUUAAGUUUAGCUGCAACCGUCAAGUGUAGUCAGCUUCCUGGGGGUCUUCUGGCAUUGACAAGCCUCCACGAGAGCCACCCCGAUGUCCAGAUAAACUCUGAAAAUGAAGACAUUUGUACAUUAUGUGGUACCUACACCGAGGUCCAGGCUGCCCUGGCUCACUUACUUGGCCCACUAUCAGCAGACAAAGGCUCAUGUCAACCUGACCCCACUGGCUCCAGGUCGUUUCAGAUGGCAAAGAGGUCUCAUACUCAGGGCUCAGGAAAUCACAGCAGGAAACCCCAUAAGCAAAGAGAACAAAGUCUGUCGUAUGAGUACAACACAAGCACACACAGUGACCUGGCACGCUGCGAUGAUGGCAGCGGAGAUAUUGGCCAAGCUGAAGGUGCAGAUCUGCAGCACCUGGGGGGUCCCGCCACUUCAGAAGAGGACUUCCUACUGAUUUUGGAUGCGGACAUGUUCCAGUACCUGCAGAAAAACUGCUGCCAGGAAUACCAACUCAUCCUCAGUCAGUACGGUGUUGAGGUGGUGGAUGUGACAAGCCAGGGGUUGACUACUCUGUUUCUACAAAUUACAAAUGCAGGGAGGAAGAGUGGUAACGAGCAGCAGCGCCUGGAGAUGGCACACAAGGCAAUUAGCAGGCUUUACCAAGAGAAUGAGAGCAAGAUUCGUCGAGAUCAGCUCCCGAAGAGUCUGUUGUCUUCUUCAAGUGCAGGACUGCAAAAGGUGGUACAGAGCUUAAAGGUCCAACUACCCAAGCUGCUUCUGAACGAAGAUGACAAAUAUAUUUACAUAAUUGGGAGCAGUAGUGACGUGUCUGAAGCCAAGCAAACCCUUCUUCUAAAACACGACAGAGUGAGUCCGAAGAAAGACGAUGUAGCCAGUCUUCUUAGAUAUUCAACACAUGAUUCAAGUCCUGCUGAAGAUGUGAGAGUGUCCUCCAUCGAAGGGUGUCUGGACAAUGAUAGGGACCCACUGCCGAGGUCAGGGGAGGAUCAGAGGAGUGUUGAAGGAGCCAGAAAGUGUAAACUUGCAGCUCGGUUCAAGGAUUCAGGUUUGACUACUUUAGGCAAUCAACCAGCUGAAUUCACCCUACGGGGGCGUCUGUCUUCUGGUCGACUAACACACACUGGGCCAAUAUUAGGGCACGACGUCCUGUCCGAAGCAGCAGGGAUUUCUGGAGAAAGAUUCUCCAGAGAGGAACCCCAAAACACUGGAGGGGACAUCUUGUUUAGGAGAGCAGAUACUGAGAAUUCAGUUAUGCAGAAUAAACCAUCACUGCAGUCAAAUGUAAUAGAUGUUUGGCCCAAGAUUCUAACAUUCCCCGACAGCACUACUCCCUCCAGUUUGUCGGGACGUAAUACACUUCCUGCAGCAGAGUCUGCGCCCACAGUGAAGCGAGCCAGUAGUUUCUCAGGAACACUGCAGCAGAAGGCUGACGUGAGUCAAAGGAGUCACGACGACUCUAGCAAGUCUACCGUCAGAGCAAGGGGCAGGUCCUCCAGCUUCAGUACCCAAACAGGCAAGGAGAACCCAGAGGUCUAUAGUGCCGAGAUCAAAGUUUCCAAGGUGAUGUGGCAGCACAUAAAAAAAGCCUACAGCGCCCGAGUGGACAGCCUUACAACUGAUUCUGAUGUCCAGAUAAAAGAAAACCAUCCACACGGUAGUAGAGACGUGACUAUCACCUUAAGUGGAACAGAUGUGUUUAAAGUCAAUUCAUGUCAGCUGGGUUUACAGAAGCAGGUUGAUUUGGUUAGUAUCGACUUCUCUGUGCACGAGCUGCGUUUGUCAGACCUGGGUAUCACCGAUCCAGCAGACGAAACUUUACAGAGUUGCUGUACUGAAGUGCGUAGCCGCUUCAAGAAGGUUACGUUAUUGUUUCUGAAAGAUACUUUGUACCUUCUUGGUCCAAUACAUCUGUGUUCUAAAGUAGCCGCUACACUGCGCGAGGUGUUUUCUGGAGAUUCGGCCCAAACGCCUCAACAUCGAGACUCCCAUAGCCCCUCUACCUCCAACAGGAAUCCAUCCACUUCUUUACAAAUGAGUGAAGAUCAAAGUGCUAUUUCACAUCGCAAUAGUAAAUCCCAGGCGAUGCCAGAGAGCCAAGUGGACAAAGCAGAGGGCGCUGGUGGAAAGGAGAAAGGAGAACCCAAACAAAAAAGGGACUUCGUGGAGACAGAGAUUGUGAAUGGACCUGUCAAUCAACCAUUAGUGAGAAAAGAUCCUGUCAUUAAGGAGAAAGUAAAAAACCUUGGUUCAAUGCAGAUGGAUGGACAGAAAACCGAAACCCUCGUCAACUUAUCUACAGCAGAAAAUGAGAGAAAUUUAAGACGUGUGAACGGAGUCGGGUCAGCAACUGCUCAUGAGACUACCCAGAAGGACAGUAUGCAGGAAAGGCCGGGAAUGGAAACCAGGUCAGGCCAAAGAGACACGGGGUUCAUCUGUGUGUGUGGGGACAAUGGGGCGUCGGUGAGGAGAACCAAGUGUGGCGCUACCAUGUGCACCAAGUGUCUGGCCGCAGUGCAUGUCCACUGCAGAGUGUGUCACGAAAAAGAGCCAACGCCGCAGGGCAUCCAGGGCAACAUGAGCCACGCCAAGCUACACAUGAGCCUACCUGGUCACAGCAAGGACACUGUCAUCAAGAUCACUUACUGCAUCCCCGAUGGUGUCCAAGGGAGGGAUCACCCAUCUCCAGGAAACCCAUUUCAAGGGGGCGUGUUUGAAGCCUUCCUUCCCGACUGUGAGAAGGCGAGAAAGCUGCUGCACAGGAUGGAGAAAGCCUUCAGACUGGGACUCACCUUCAAAGUGGCGGGCAAAGACGCGGCCGCUCGGGUCACCUGGGACUGCAUCCCACACAAGACCAGUCUACAUGGAGGCAAAGCAGGGAGUGGUUACCCGGAUUCCACUUACUUGACUCGCUUGUCCCAGGCCCUGACCACCCAUGGGAUAGAGGAGUGACUGGCCCAAUUGCAAGAAUAAUCAGUUCUUACAUAAUUUUAUAGUCUUAAAUCCUUUUUUUUUUUUUUAGAUGAUGGAGUUAAUUCUCUUAUUGCAGCUGUAUAUUUUUAAAGGUAAAGUGAUAAUCUAUGUUUUAAGUGGGAUUUUUAAUCUCUCCAUUAUUUAAAAACAUUCCUAACAUUCCUGUGCUAGACAGCUCAUUUUGAAAGAUGCGUUUUAUACUGUUGAGUGUGCAAGUACAUAUGCAUAUGUAUAUAUUUUUUGUUCUUGUGUUGUUUUAUGAAUAUUAAGGGAACAAUUGAAAGAUCUGUUAUUUUUUUUAGAAUGGGCACAGAAAUAAAUGAGCUCAUCUCCUGACA